AUGUAUCAUACAAAUAAACUAAUAGAUCUUUUAAACAAAUUUUAUAGUAGUCAUUUUAAACAAGAUAAUGAUAAUGCAAUUAAAGCUAUUCCAAUAAAAAUACGUCAACAAGUAUAUGGUAUGUUAGGUGAAUUUGGUUUUUCUGAGAUUUAUGAAAAUAAAAAAAACCAAUAUGUGCAUCCAUUCAUAUCAUCCACAGUGCUAGAACUCAAUAAAUUAAUGGCAGGAUAUCGUUGUAUUGAAGAUGAUACUAAAAGAAAGAAUGUAGAAAAUAUGUCAGAAAACCUUAUCAAGGAUAUCAUCAGAAUAUUUAAAUUUCGUUUAUUAGUCCAAGAACCAAAAUAUGAAGUACAUUGGUAUGAAAAUAAUGUGAAAAUAGAUACACAGUUUAUGAAAGGACAAUGGGAUGAUGAUUGUUUGGAUAAUUAUGUAGUGGAUAUUUGUUAUUUUCCUUUGAUUGGAAUGGAAUUGAAUGGUGACCUUAGUAAGGCUAAAGUGUUUAUGUGUGCAAAAGUUUUCCCUCAAUGUAUUGCACCACCACUACCAUCUCGAAGAAAGAAAAGAGAACCAUCCAUGAAACAUCCUGAUGAAACAGAUGAAGCACGAAGAACUAUUAGGGCAACAAUUACAUAUUCAAUAUAA